ACCUUCACUUGAAUCAAUUGCCAACUACGAUUCAGUGUAGAGGAAACAUAACAUGUUGAAGAUGAAGAAACAAGCUCUUUCGAGUUUUCUCAUUCUUGCACUCAUUCUAUUUAUUGGUUCAACUUGUCCAGAUGUUGAAGCUCAAUCUUGCAAGCCCAGCCGGAGAAUAAAGGGGAGAAAGCUGCCUCCAAAACAAUGCAACCAGGAGAAUCAAUCCGAAUGUUGCAAAGAAGGCGUUUUUUACACGACCUUCAAGUGUUCGCCGCCCGUUUCACAUCAAACAAAAGCUACUCUAACCAUCAACAGCUUCGAGAAGGGCGGGGAUGGGGGUGGGCCAUCCGAAUGUGACAACAAGUUCCACUCGGACAACACCCCGGUGGUGGCGCUAUCGACUGGGUGGUUCAACCACCGGAGCAGGUGCUUGAAGAAUAUUACCAUCUAUGGUAACGGGAGGAAGGUCAACGCCAUGGGUGUGGAUGAGUGUGACUCCACCAUGGGCUGUGAUUCUGACCAUGAUUUCCAACCUCCAUGUCCCAAUCACAUUGAGGAUGCCUCUAAAGCUGUUUGGGAGGCUCUGGGAGUGCCAACCCAUGUGGGUGAGCUUGAUAUUCACUGGUCGGAUGCCUGAGUGCCACU